CAGCAUGCCAAGCGCAUAACUACCUACUUUACGAAGUAUACAAUGGCAACUAUUGCAGGUGAAAUCAUCACAAGAAUUGUGUUACAAAGUGCCAUAACGACGUCACAAUACAUGAGAUUGGCUGGCUUCAUGGCCAAGUCGCUCAAUUGCUCUAAACACAUCGAUACUAACAGACGGAUUGAAUUGCGAACUCAUAAUUUCCAUAGGCACAUCUGGAGGCACAGCAAGCGUCGCACACUUAUCAAGUACUCACCUAUUUCAAGUCACCGAAGCUGCCGAGGUAUCGCUUAUUCACCAUCUUUCAGACGAAAAAUCUAGAAUAUAUUGAGCAUCAUCGAAAAUUCCAUCUCACUGUCAUCUUUUUCAUCACGCGUUUCUAGAUUCCUACCGACUCAUUGACUCACUCAUCAAGGCCAUUACUUCAUUAAGUCAAAUCCGGCAUCAUGGCCACUGAAGAUCAACCCAAAAUCAAGCUAUACUGGU